AUGUCUUCCGCACAUCUUUAUUCGGCAACGUACUCGAACGUUCCAGUGUACGAGUUCCUUAUCGAUGGCAGCUCUGUCAUGAGAAGAAAGCUGGACGACUGGGUUAAUGCCACACAUAUCCUUAAAGCAGCGAGCUUUGCCAAGGCAAAAAGAACGAGAAUCUUGGAGAAAGAAGUGCAAACUGGGAGCCAUGAAAAGGUCCAAGGUGGAUACGGUAAAUACCAAGGAACCUGGAUCCCCAUGGAAGAUGCCAGACAAUUGGCGGAAAGAUUCGAUGUAUACGAUAAAUUGGCCCCAAUAUUAGAGCAUACCCAGGUGGAUGGUGAUCCUGAACCGCCAAUCGCCCCAAAACAUCAUCAUUCCAAGACACAUGCUUUGAAAAGCGCUGCUUCUACCAACAACAUCACUGCCAAUAAAAGAAAGAUCGAUAACUCAAGGAGUUUGACCGGCUCUCCAUCGGUAGCCACGCGAAGUAAUACUUUCCCAACUUUGAAAAGAAAAUCGAAAUUUGAUCCCGAUGCUCCACCAAAGAAAAGAGGAAGACCAAAAAGAGUGGAUACCACCGUCGUCAAUACUCCAGUUGAUAGUGCAGUGAGCUCGAUAUUGGAAAGUGGAACCGAACAGUUUGAUAUUUUGCGAACAUUUGACGAUAAGGUGGAAUUGAAUAAAAACGGAUUACCAAAGAAAAAACGAGGAAGGAAACCAAAACCUAAACCUGUAGAAGAAGACAUCACCAUCAUGAAUAAUAAUACUAUAAAUAACAACAACAAUACCAAUACUAAUAACACCACAUUCCAGACCCCUGUCAAAGCUUCAACAAUGAAUAGUCGACUUAUUAGAAGUUUUGUCAAUGAAAAAUCGUCACCACUAAAUGAAAAUGAUCUCAAUACCUAUUUCAACACCCAACUAGAUAAUGGUCACCAUGGAGUAUCUAGUGACGUUGAAGAAGAAGAUGAAAGAGCAGCUCACUUACGCAGAAUGCUUGAGAAUGAUCCAUCGUCAUCACCAAGUGAUUUCAUGUCGGAUACUGAUCUUGCGAGAGUUUUGAAAUCUCCUGAAAAUUUGAACGGCCUUGGAAUUGAAGCCAGUAGAUUGGCGGCCAAGGAUACCACAUACACAAGUUUCAUCAACAAUAAGAAUUCACAGUACGGUGGAGGGUAUUUCUCGAGUAUUAAAACCGACCCUAGAGGGUUUGACAAUGAACUUACUCCUAUCGCUGCAAAAAUCAAUAAUAAUAACAAUAUUAAUAAUAACCAUAACAUUUCCACUAUCAGCAUCAAACAAUCACAACAGAAUGCAACUAAUUGGUUUGAUGAAAGCGAUGAGUUUACCAAACGCCUAAUUAACUAUUUCAUGCGACCUGAUGAUGGAGUCAAUGAACAAGCCAUUCCUGAAUUUUUGAUCCAUUUACCAAAGACCUUCUACGUUAAUAAAGUUAUUGAUCCUGAAGGUAAUACCGCAUUACAUUGGGCUUGUGCUAUGGGAAAUCUACCGAUUAUUGAAUUAUUGCUUAGAUAUGGUGCCGAUCAUCGCGCAAAAAAUAAAAGAAACGAAAUACCAUUGACCCGCACAGUACGGUUCAAUAAUUCGUUUGGCAAAAGAACGUUUUCCAAGAUUUUAGAUGUCCUUAGGGAUACGAUCUUUGAAGUGGACACCAAGGGAAGAACCUUAUUACAUCAUAUUGGGAUCACUUCUAAUUCUCCUCAAAAGGCCAACAGUUCAAGAUAUUAUUCUGAGAUGUUAUUGGCAAAAAUCCGGGAUUUGUACCCUCAAGAAAAACUUCCUGAAUUCAUCAACAUGACAGAUCGCAAAGGAAACACUGCUUUAUAUUAUGCUGUAUAUAACCAGGCUAGAAAAUUGGUGAAAGUUCUUCUAAGUUAUGGGGCAAAAAGCGAUAUCACAAACCUCAAGGGCCAGUCUGCCGGUGACUUGUUGGUUUUGAAUCUUCCAUCGACCCCCAAAUUGGUCAAUAGUUAUAAAAGCAACAUGAGGAACUUGAACAAAAUCAUCGCUACCAAAAAAGAUGAUAAUGAUACGAUUAUUGCCACCCCUCCAGCGGUGACUAGCACCUCGAUCGAGAAGCAUGAUAUCAACACUACAGUGGCCAACCGCAAAAUUGAUCUCAACUCGUUAGCUCAUGUUUUACAAUCGCCUAAGUACUCUGAAGUGGUGAUCUCAUCUAUUGAGAAAACUGCAAUUUCAUUGAUGGAGCAAUUGAAUAGUUUUUCAGAAUUGUAUGAUAACGAGCUCCAAAAGAAACAGGUAUUGAUUUAUGAUUUGAACAAGUACUACAACGAAUUGAAUUUUGAAAUUAAUAAUCUCGAUAAGAAUGUCAUCAAUUCAUCUAUUGCCGCUAAUCAAUUGUUGUCGCUGGCAUUAUCGGAUGCCGGAGGUGAUGAUUAUCAUUUUGAAGAAGAAGGGUCUAGUAAGAGUGAACUCGCCAAAAAAAUCAUCAAUACCAACCACCGAAAACUUUAUGGGAAAAUCACAAAACAGCAUGAGAUUCUUGUCACCAAGAUCUCCGAAUUUGAGAAGUUGCUUUGCAAAAUCCAAACCCAAAAACUUACCAAAGAAGUAGACCACGCAAAAAAAAGUGGUGCGAUCCUUGAGUUAUCGAAUGAUUCGAGCAUUGAGUUACCUCAUAACUCUGCAGAAUCUAAGAUUGCAGCACUUGUGGAGAUAUCCAAGUUACAAAUCCAACGAGAAAAAUUGACCAAGAAAAUCUUAUCGAAUUUCAUUAUUGAUUCUGAGAUCGAAGACCCACAAGCAGUACCAACUACCAGUGAUGGAGAUGUGGAAAUGAAGAAAGAAAUUGAUGACCUUGAAUCGAUUGGCAGAAAGGAAAAAAGCAAGAAAAUCAGUUUGUACCGAAGAUUAGUAGCUGCAUGCUGUGAUAUUGGUAUUGAUAAAGUCGAUGAAUUGAUUGAUACGAUUUUGGAGAGUCUCAGUGAAAAGCAAGGGGCUAACUGA